AUGAACACUGAUCAACAUCCUUAUCAGGAUCAAACAGAUUAUCCUCAGGGAGCAGGUAACGGCCAAGGACAGGAACAGGACUACGACCAAUAUGGCCAGCCCUUGUAUCCUCAACAAGCUGACGGUUACUACGACCCUAAUAUAGGUGCUGGUGCAGGUGCUGAAGCUGAUAUGUAUGGUCAACAGGCACCAAACGAUUCCUAUGACCAAGACUAUACAAACGGUGAGUACUAUGGCCAACCACCAAACAUGGCUGCACAAGACGGUGAAAACUUCUCGGACUUUAGCAGUUACGGUCCCCCUGGUACGCCUGGAUAUGAAAACUAUGGCGGUCAGUACACCCCUUCUCAGAUGAGUUACGGAGAACCAAAUUCAUCUGGUACAUCCACUCCCAUCUACGGUAAUUACGACCCAAAUGCCAUCGCUAUGGCUUUGCCAAAUGAACCUUAUCCUGCUUGGACCGCCGACUCUCAAUCUCCCGUUUCUAUCGAGCAAAUUGAAGAUGUCUUCAUUGACUUGACCAACAGACUCGGGUUCCAAAGAGACUCUAUGAGAAAUGUCUUUGACCACUUCAUGGUUCUUUUGGAUUCGAGAUCCUCAAGAAUGUCUCCUGAUCAAGCCUUACUAUCUCUUCAUGCCGACUACAUCGGCGGUGAUACUGCUAACUAUAAAAAAUGGUACUUUGCUGCUCAGCUGGACAUGGACGAUGAAAUCGGCUUUAGAAAUAUGAGUCUUGGAAAGCUUUCAAGAAAGGCAAGAAAAGCUAAGAAGAAGAACAAGAAGGCUAUGGAGGAGGCCAACUCUGAAGAUCCCGAAGAAACCUUAAACCAAAUUGAGGGCGAUAACUCCCUGGAAGCUGCUGACUUUAGGUGGAAGGCCAAGAUGAACCAGUUGUCUCCUUUGGAAAGAGUUCGUCAAAUCGCCUUAUAUCUGCUAUGUUGGGGUGAAGCUAAUCAAGUCAGAUUCACGUCAGAAUGUUUGUGUUUCAUAUAUAAGUGCGCCACUGACUAUUUGAACUCUCCUCUUUGUCAACAACGCCAAGAGCCUAUGCCAGAAGGUGAUUUCUUGAACAGGAUCAUAACGCCAUUGUAUCAUUUCAUCAGAAAUCAAGUCUAUGAAAUCGUUGAUGGUCGUUUUGUCAAGCGUGAGAGGGAUCAUAAUAAAAUCGUUGGUUAUGAUGAUUUGAACCAACUGUUCUGGUACCCAGAAGGUAUUGCUAAGAUUGUGCUUGAAGAUGGAACAAAGUUAAUAGAACUGCCACUGGAAGAACGUUAUUUGAGACUAGGUGACGUUGUCUGGGAUGAUGUCUUCUUCAAAACAUAUAAAGAAACCCGUACUUGGUUACAUUUGGUUACCAAUUUCAACCGUAUUUGGGUUAUGCAUAUUUCCGUAUUUUGGAUGUACUUUGCGUAUAAUGCUCCAACAUUUUACACUCAUAAUUAUCAACAAAAAGUCAAUAACCAACCUUUACCUGCUUACAAGUGGGCAUCGGCUGCACUGGGUGGUACAGUAGCAAGUUUGAUUCAGAUCGUUGCCACUCUAUGUGAAUGGUCAUUUGUUCCAAGAAAAUGGGCAGGUGCUCAACAUUUGUCUCGUAGGUUCUGGUUUCUAUGCAUUAUUUUUGCUGUUAAUUUGGGUCCAAUUAUUUUUGUUUUUGCUUACGACAAAGACACAGUAUAUUCUACCGCUGCCUACGUAGUUGCUGCCGUUUUGUUUUUUGUUGCCGUUGCUACUAUCAUUUUCUUCUCUAUUAUGCCACUAGGAGGUUUGUUUACAUCAUAUAUGAAAAAAUCUACAAGACGCUAUGUUGCAUCCCAAACAUUCACUGCUGCCUUUGCCCCACUACACGGUUUAGAUAGGUGGAUGUCUUAUUUGGUGUGGGUCACUGUUUUUGCCGCCAAAUAUGCAGAAUCGUAUUACUUUUUGGUUCUAUCAUUGAGAGAUCCAAUUAGAAUACUAUCUACUACUUCCAUGAGAUGUACAGGUGAAUACUGGUGGGGUGCAAAACUUUGUAAAGUGCAACCCAAAAUCGUAUUAGGUUUAGUCAUCGCCACUGAUUUCAUUCUUUUCUUUUUGGAUACUUACUUAUGGUAUAUCAUUGUUAAUACAAUUUUCUCCGUUGGUAAGUCUUUCUAUUUGGGUAUUUCCAUUUUAACACCAUGGAGGAACAUUUUCACCAGAUUGCCUAAGAGAAUAUACUCCAAGAUUUUGGCUACUACUGAUAUGGAAAUCAAGUACAAACCUAAGGUUUUGAUUUCCCAAGUUUGGAAUGCCGUCAUUAUCUCUAUGUACAGGGAACAUUUAUUGGCCAUUGACCAUGUUCAAAAGUUACUGUAUCAUCAAGUUCCAUCCGAAAUUGAAGGUAAGAGGACUUUAAGAGCACCUACUUUUUUUGUUUCCCAAGAUGAUAAUAAUUUUGACACUGAGUUCUUCCCUAGAGAGUCAGAAGCUGAACGUCGUAUUUCAUUUUUUGCUCAAUCCUUGUCAACACCAAUUCCAGAACCACUACCUGUUGAUAACAUGCCAACAUUCACCGUAUUGACCCCUCACUACGCUGAAAGAAUUCUUCUAUCCUUAAGAGAAAUUAUUCGUGAAGAUGAUCAAUUUUCAAGAGUCACUCUUUUAGAAUAUUUGAAGCAAUUACACCCCGUAGAAUGGGAAUGCUUUGUCAAGGAUACCAAGAUUUUAGCUGAAGAGACUGCUGCUUAUGAAGGAAACGAAGAUGAUCCUGAAAAAGAGGAUGCUUUGAAGUCCCAAAUUGAUGAUUUACCGUUUUAUUGUAUCGGCUUCAAAUCCGCUGCUCCAGAAUAUACUUUGCGUACCAGAAUUUGGGCCUCUCUGAGAUCUCAAACUUUAUAUCGUACUGUUUCUGGUUUUAUGAAUUACUCUAGGGCCAUCAAACUGCUAUAUCGUGUAGAAAAUCCUGAGAUUGUUCAAAUGUUUGGUGGUAAUGCCGAAGGCCUAGAAAGAGAAUUAGAAAAGAUGGCAAGAAGAAAGUUUAAAUUCUUGGUUUCUAUGCAAAGAUUGGCAAAGUUUAAACCACAUGAAUUGGAGAAUGCUGAGUUUUUGUUAAGAGCUUAUCCGGACUUACAAAUUGCCUACUUGGAUGAAGAACCACCUUUAAACGAAGGUGAGGAGCCAAGAAUUUAUUCAGCCUUGAUCGAUGGACAUUGUGAAAUAUUAGACAAUGGUCGUAGACGUCCGAAGUUCAGAGUUCAACUAUCUGGUAAUCCAAUUCUUGGUGAUGGUAAGUCUGAUAACCAAAAUCAUGCUUUGAUUUUCUACAGAGGUGAGUAUAUUCAAUUGAUUGAUGCUAACCAGGAUAACUACUUGGAAGAAUGUCUGAAAAUUAGAUCUGUUUUGGCAGAAUUUGAAGAAUUGAAUGUCGAACAAGUUAAUCCAUAUGCCCCAGGUUUGACGUAUGAAGAACAAACCACUAAUCAUCCUGUUGCUAUUGUUGGUGCUAGAGAAUAUAUUUUCUCUGAAAACUCUGGUGUCUUGGGUGAUGUGGCUGCUGGUAAAGAACAAACAUUUGGUACGUUGUUCGCUCGUACUCUAUCUCAAAUUGGAGGUAAAUUGCAUUAUGGUCAUCCAGAUUUUAUCAACGCUACAUUUAUGACUACCAGAGGUGGUGUUUCCAAAGCACAAAAGGGUUUACACUUGAAUGAAGAUAUAUAUGCCGGUAUGAAUGCUAUGCUUCGUGGUGGCCGUAUCAAACAUUGUGAGUAUUACCAGUGUGGUAAAGGUAGAGAUUUGGGUUUCGGUACGAUUUUGAAUUUCACCACAAAGAUUGGCGCUGGUAUGGGUGAACAAAUGUUAUCUCGUGAGUAUUACUACCUAGGUACCCAAUUACCUGUGGAUCGUUUCUUGACAUUCUAUUACGCUCAUCCUGGCUUCCAUUUGAACAAUUUGUUUAUUCAAUUAUCUUUACAAAUGUUUAUGCUGACCCUAGUGAAUUUGUCUGCCUUAGCUCAUGAAUCUAUCAUGUGUAUAUACGAUAGGGACUUACCACUUACUGAUACCUUGUUUCCGCUCGGUUGCUACAACUUCCAACCUGCUGUUGAUUGGGUGAGACGUUAUACACUGUCCAUUUUCAUUGUUUUCUGGAUUGCCUUCGUCCCGAUUGUAGUUCAAGAAUUGAUCGAACGUGGUUUAUGGAAAGCUACCCAAAGGUUCUUCUGUCAUCUAUUAUCAUUAUCUCCCAUGUUUGAAGUGUUUGCAGGCCAAAUCUAUUCUUCUGCGUUAUUGAGUGAUUUAGCGAUCGGUGGUGCACGUUAUAUAUCUACAGGUCGUGGUUUUGCAACUUCUCGUAUACCAUUUUCUAUUUUGUACUCGAGAUUUGCAGGGUCUGCUAUCUACAUGGGUGCAAGAUCGAUGAUAAUGUUGCUAUUUGGUACUGUCGCCCAUUGGCAAGCUCCAUUAUUGUGGUUUUGGGCAUCUCUUUCCUCAUUGAUUUUUGCGCCUUUCGUUUUCAAUCCGCACCAGUUCGCUUGGGAGGAUUUCUUCUUGGAUUAUAGAGAUUAUAUCAGAUGGUUAUCAAGAGGUAAUAAUAAAUACCAUAGAAACUCGUGGAUAGGUUACGUAAGAAUGUCCAGAGCACGUAUUACUGGUUUUAAGCGUAAACUGGUUGGUGACGAAUCUGAAAAGGCCGCGGGUGAUGCAAGCAGAGCUCACAGAACCAAUUUAUUUAUGGCAGAAAUUGCACCUUGCGCUAUUUACUCCGCAGGUUGUUUUAUUGCAUUCACAUUUAUUAAUGCCCAAACUGGUGUCAAGACUACUGAUGAUGACAGAGUGAAUUCCACGUUACGUAUUAUCAUUUGUACCUUGGGACCUAUUGCUGUUAAUCUCGGUGUUUUAUUCUUCUGUAUGAGUAUGUCCUGUUGUUCUGGUCCCUUAUUUGGUAUGUGUUGUAAAAAGACAGGUUCAGUUAUGGCGGGAAUUGCUCAUGGUAUUGCUGUUAUUGCCCAUAUUGCAUUUUUCAUUGUCAUGUGGGUUUUGGAAAGUUUCAACUUCCCCAGAAUGUUAAUUGGUGUUGUAACUUGUAUCCAGUGCCAAAGACUUGUCUUCCAUUGUAUGACAGCAUUAUUAUUGACCCGUGAGUUUAAGAACGAUCACGCUAACACAGCUUUCUGGACUGGUAAGUGGUACGGUAAAGGUAUGGGAUACAUGGCCUGGACUCAGCCAAGUAGAGAAUUGACUGCUAAGGUCAUUGAGCUGUCUGAGUUUGCAGCGGAUUUUGUUUUAGGUCAUGUAAUCUUAAUUUUCCAACUACCCUUCAUUCUGAUUCCAAAAAUAGAUAAAUUCCAUUCCAUCAUGCUGUUCUGGUUAAAGCCUUCUCGUCAAAUUCGUCCACCAAUUUAUUCCCUAAAACAAACACGUCUACGUAAGCGUAUGGUUAAGAAAUACUGCUCCUUGUACUUUUUAGUGUUGGCUAUUUUUGUAGGAUGUAUUAUUGGUCCUGCUAUAGCUUCUUCCCAAUACAAGGAUCAAAUCGGUAAGAAAUUGACUGGCGUUGUUCACAAUCUGUUCCAACCAAAACAUACUAACAAUAACGAUACUGGUCACCAGAUAUCAACCUAUAGAAGCCACUACUAUACCUCUGCACCAUCAUUAAAAACAUGGUCAACUAUAAAAUAA